AUGCGAAUGAAAGGAAAUGAUUUGUUUAAAAAUGGGUUUUACAAUGAUGCAUUAAAAAUCUAUUCUGACGUCAUUGACAUAUCAAAGAAUACAGCUUUCUUUGAUGUUAGGUUGUUAAGUAAUCGAGCAUCGGUAUAUCUUAAGCUUGGGCAAUAUGAUGAAGCCUUGCAAGAUGCAGAAGAAUACAUUUUACAAUGCCCAAAAUGUUGGAGAGGUUAUGCGAAAAAGGCACUGGCUCUUGUUGAGUUGAAGAAUAUGCAGGAUGCGUGUGUUGCAGCUUCGAUAGCAUAUUACUACGAGAGGAAUUUAUUCCAUAAUUUUGAACCUUUUAGGAUAAUAUUUGGCUCUUCAAUGGAGAAGCGUCUGUUUGUUUGCCGCGAUACCUUAAGUUUGUCAAAUGCCUUGAGGACGAUAAGAACUUUGAAUCACUGGCAGAAUCUAUUACCGGUUAUCAUUCUAGAAAACGGUGAUUACCUUGUUUCCUUACACACUAUUGAUUGCGACCUAUUUCUUAGUGAUGGUAAGGUAAAUGAGCUUCUCAUUAAAAAUUGCAUUCUUGUGGGCGGUGAAGGUGAAUGUUCGAUAAUAUUUGAUGAUAAUCACUGUGUAGGUUUUGCUGAAGUUUUUAAAGCUUACAAUGUUAGUUUUCGUACUCGCUUUUCUAACUGUCAUUUUCUACCUGACUCAGUUGUGAAACUCACUCAUUGUUCGUUUCAGAGUUCCAACAAUUCUUACACUUCUUUUUCUUGCUUUGGUGAAUUGAAAGUCGAUUCUUGCAAGUUCUAUAAUUGCACCAACGGUGGGCUGCUGGUUGUAGGUGAUGCGGAGGUUGAAAAUUCAACGUUUUUUGGUAACGGAGUGGCUUUAGAAGUGCGAGAAGGAGGACGUUUGCUUGUAAGAAAAAGUAGAAUGUACGGCAAUAAGCGGCAAGGAUUGCUGAUUGGUCCAAAAGCAAAGGAAUGUGUUGUGGAAGAUUGUGAGCUUUAUGACAACGAGCUGAGUGGUAUUCUUGUUGUUAAUUGUGCAUCUGAUGUGAUAAUAAAGGGGAACCGUAUUUAUGAUAACGACGAGUCUGGGAUAACAGUGAUUAUAAAUUCAAAUGUAUCUAUAAUUGAGAACAAGAUCUUAAAAAACAGUCGUUGGGGCAUAGAUAUCACUUCCAGUCGGGCUGUCAUAAAGGAAAAUAAACUCCAUAAUAACCAGUGCGGUGGCAUUUGUGUAGAAAACAGUUGUUCGAGCGGGAUGUCUGUUAUUGAAUACAAUGACAUUUGUAAUAAUUGUGGACCUGGGAUUUGCGAUGAUGAACAGUUAUCUAAAGCCAGUGAAAAUAAGUUUCAGAAUAACAAAGAAAAGAGGAAUCAAUCAACAGCACAAAGUGAAGCCAAGUUAUGCUACUACUGCAAAAAGCCUGAAAACAAAUUGAAGCAAUGCACCAAUUGCUUUACGGCUCAAUACUGUGGAAGAAAAUGCCAGAAAAGUGAUUGGAAAAACCACAAGAAGGUGUGUGAUCGCUUUUUAUCUGAUGGAAGUAUUGUUGUAAACUAUGUUCGAAAACCAAUAAUGACAGAACAUUUAUCUCCUAAUAAACACGAUCCAUUUAAGACAUCAGAGCGAGCACCAGGCCUUCUUCCCGUCGGUCCACAAUACUGUCCGCCACCAAAUACGACGACAAGGUUUAUCGUGAAAAUAUCCGCGGGCGAAGUGGAUAGGGAUAGAGAAGAUUUCAACCCUUCCGUUGUUCGUCUGUACGAUCGCAGUCUGAAGAUAGAUGGGAUUCUGACUGACGCUGAUCAAAUUCGCCAUCUUGUCUGGCAGCAUGGCGCAAUGGGUCAAUUGUACAACUUUUUCAAAAAACUGUUCAUGUGGGCUAAAGGCCCCGAACAUGGGAAACUUCGUGUUUUUACUAACGAGUUUCCUCCAUAUCAACACUGGUGA